AUGGAGUGUAUCGUUUGCCAUGAAGUAACCAACAAAUAUAAGUGUCCGAAAUGUUUUGGUCAAUAUUGCUCCCUUCAAUGUUAUAAAGUUCACAAAGAUUCACCCGAAUGUGUUCUCAAAGUAAAUGAGACUGAAAGUACAAAAGCUGAUGCACCUGACGAUGAGGAAGAACCUACUGUUCAUGAACCUUUCAAAACAGAAGAUACGGUGCCAAAGGACAAAUUACAAAUGUUGGGCAACAGUGAAUCCUUAAAAAAUCUACUAUAUAAUCCACAUUUAAGAAACUUACUUACCGAAAUUGAUACAGCACCAAAUGCUUGGAAAGCGAUUAGAGCGGCAAUGCAGGAGCCAUUAUUUUUGGAAUUUGCGGAUGAGUGUUUGCAAAUUGUAGAACCACAAAAUCAAGAAGACUGAUA